UUUUCUGUUAAUUUGCGGGCGGGCAUAGCGGGUUGGCCUAUUGGUCACAUGACACAUAUCUACAAUUUAUCACGUGACGUGUAUGAGGAAAUAUCGCAGCCAAAGAGGAGAAAGGUGGAUGUUCUACACAUUUUGAUUGAUAUCCGCCAAAAUCGUCGAAAAUGAGUGCUAGUUUGGACAUCAGACUGAAAAGAGCAAAUAAAGUAUAUCAUGAGGGGGAGGUCCUUGCCGGUGUUGUGGCGAUAGUGAGUAAGGAGGCGGUCCAGCACCAGGGCAUCACUCUCACCAUGGAGGGCAUUGUCAACCUACAGCUUAGCUCCAAGAGUGUGGGAGUCUUUGAGGCUUUCUACAACUCUGUCAAGCCCAUUCAACUUAUCACAAGCAACAUUGAAGUGGUAAAGCAAGGGAAGGUGCCUGGAGGCAAGACAGAGAUUCCCUUUGAGUUCCCCCUGCACACAAAGGGCAACAAAGUGCUGUAUGAGACCUACCAUGGUGUUUUCGUCAACAUUCAGUACACCCUCCGUUGUGACAUGAAGCGCUCCUUGUUGGCCAAAGACCUGAGUAAGACCUGUGAAUUCAUGGUGCACUGUCUGCCACAGAAAGCCAAGCUGCAACCCACCCCGGUGGAAUUCACCAUCACGCCAGAGACCCUGCAGAAUGUCCGCGAGAGGAGUUUGCUGCCCAAGUUCCUGAUCCGGGGCCACCUGGACGCCACGAACUGUGUGAUCACUCAGCCCCUGACUGGAGAACUGGUGGUGGAGAGCUCUGAUGUCGCCAUCAAGAGCAUCGAGCUGCAGCUGGUCCGUGUAGAGACCUGCGGCUGUGCUGAGGGCUAUGCCAGAGAUGCCACAGAGAUCCAGAACAUCCAGAUAGCAGAGGGAGAUGUCUGCCACAGCCUGCCCAUCCCCAUCUACAUGGUCUUCCCUAGGCUCUUUACCUGCCCUACCCUUGAGACUAUCAACUUUAAAAUCGAGUUUGAGGUGAACGUGGUGAUUGUCCUCCAUGACGAACAUCUGAUCACAGAGAACUUUCCUCUGAAGCUGUGCCGAGCAUGAGAGCCCAGAGGUCCACUGCAAUCUGGAGGAUAGUCAGGCAUGCCUUUUACAUGCCUGGGCAAGACCGACCUGAAGUGACCUGUUGACUGGGCAUCCCUGUUCUGAAUCAAUGACACGGUCUAUAAGUGCAUGAUGUUAUAUGGAUGUAUGUCUACAGUUCAGAAAACAAGACUGAAAAAGCAGAGGAUGUUCAAGAUUAUGGGCUACCUUUCAAUAUAAUAGUGCAAAUGUCAAAAUGGACCAAGUAACUUAAUUGUGUAACAAAUCAUGACAUUGUUGAAGCUGCAUUGUUGCAUUUCAGAAGGUUUUUGGAGACACUGCCCACCAUUAGCAGUAAUAUGGUAAUUUUCUAACAGAAUGAAUGUUGGCACUAGCCCAAAUAACAUUCUAAAAUGGAGGCAUUUCAAACUAACAAGAAGGUAUACAAAAGCAACCAAGUUAUUAAAUGCAUUUUAACAUUCCA